AAUGCAUACAGGUGUAAUUCACCAUUACCAGAAGAUGUUGCGAGAGACUUUGGUCACGAAGAUACUGCGCAAUAUCUUGAAUCCAUCAGUAAAAGAUUGUCUGAAGAUUUAAGCGUUAAUGAAGAAGACUUACAAGCGAGUCAUAUUUUAGAGCUUGCUGAGGCAGUCAAAAAUCAAUCGAAUUACGAAGUGAAUUACAACCGAGAAGCAGUGACCUCUCCUCCCGACGAAAUAACGGAUGUUGCCUCGCGCCUCAAAGAAGGAACUGCUACAGCCAUUAUAACGAGUUACUCAAUAAGAAGCGAUGACACUCCACAACCUUUUGAAGGAAGUGUGGACUUUGACAAGAAUUCAUUGAAAGACGUAAAAGGCAAAUCAGUGGUGUCCUCACGGAAAUACACUGCAUCGUCAUACAAUAACAUGCGUCUCGUACCAAGUCAGCUUGGUGACCUAAAGCAGGCAAAAGAUUGUCACGAGCGUGCCUUAGGACCUCAGCAAGAUGAUUUGGCAACGUCAUACGAUAACCUGGGUCUUGCACACCGUCAGCUGGGAGACCUAAACCAGGCAGAAGAUUGUCACAAGCGUGCCCAAGAUAUUCGGUUGAAAGAGCUAGGACCUGAGCAUGUUGAUGUCGCAACGUUAUAUGAUAACCUGGGUCUUGUACACCGUCAGCUGGGUGACCUAAAGCAGGCAGAAGAUUAUCACAAGCGUGCCCUAGAUAUUCGGUUGAAAGAGCUAGGACCUCAGCAUAUUGAUGUCGCAACGUCAUAUGAUAACCUGGGUCUUCUACACCGUCAGCUGGGUGACCUAAAGGAGGCAAAAAAUUGUCACAGACGUGCCCUAGAUAUUCGGUUGAAAGAGCAAGGACCUCAGCAUAUUGAUGUCGCAACGUCAUAUGGUAACCUGGGUCUUGUACACCGUCAGCUGAGUGACCUAAAGCAAGCAGAAGAUUAUUACAAGCGUGCCCUAGAUAUUCAGUUGAAAAAGCUAGGACCUGAGCAUGUUGAUGUCGCAACGUCAUACGAUAACCUGGGUCUUGACCAGCGUCAGCUGUGUGACCUAAUGCGGGCAAAAGAUUAUCACAAGCGUGCCCUAGAUAUUCGGUUGAAAGAGGAAGGACCUGUGGAUGUUGAUUUCGCAACGUCAUAUAAUAACCUGGGUCUUGUACACCGGCAGCUGGGUGACCUAAAGCAGGCAGAAGAUUAUCACAAGCGUGCCCUAGAUAAUCGGUUGAAAGAGCUAGAACCUGAGCACGGUGAUGUCGCAACGUCAUACGAUAACCUGGGUCUUGUAUACCAUCAGAUGGGUGACCUACAGGAGGCAGAAGAUUUUCACAUACAUGCCCUACAUAUUCGGUUGGAAGAGCUAGGACUUCAGCGUAUUGAUAUGGCAACGUCAUAUGAUAACCUCGGUCUUGUACACCGUCAGCUGGGUGACCUAAAGCAGGCAGAAGAUGAUCACAAGCGUGCCCUAGAUAUUCGGUUGAAAGAUCUAGGACCUCAUCAUAUUGAUGUCGCGACGUCAUAUGAUAACCUGGGUCUUCUGGGUGACCUAAGCCAGGCAGAAGAUUAUCACAAGCGUGCCCUAGAUAUUCGGUUGAAAGAGCAAGGACCUGAGCAUGUUAAUGUCGCAACGUCAUACGAUAACCUUGGUCUUGACCACCGUCAGCUGUGUGACCGAAAGCGGGCAAAAGAUUAUCACAAGCGUGCCCUAGAUAUUCGGUUGAAAGAGCUAGGAACUCAGCAUAUUGAUGCCGCAACGUCAUAUGAUAACCUGGGUCUUUUACAGCAUCAGAUGGGUGACCUAAAGCAGGCAGAACAUUUUCACAAGCGUGCCCUAGAUAUUCGGUUGAAAGAGCAAGGACCUGAGGAUGUUGAUGUCGCAACGUCAUAUGAUAACCUGGGUCUUGUACACCGUCGGCUGGGUGACCUAAAGCAGGCAAAAGAUUAUCACAAGCGUUCCCUAGAUAUUCGGUUGAAAGAGCUAGGACCUGAGCAUGUUGAUGUCGCAACGUCAUACGAUAACCUGGGUCUUGUAUACCAUCAGCUGGGUGACCUAGAGGAGGCAGAAGAUUUUCACAAGCAUGCCCUAGAUAUUCGGUCGAAAGAGCUAGGACCUGAACAUGUUGAUGUCGCAACGUCAUACGAUAACCUGGGUCUUUUACACCGUCAGCUGGGUGAUCUAAAGCGGGCAAAAGAUUAUCACAAGCGUGCCUUUGAUAUUCGGUCGAAAGAGCUAGGACCUCAGCAUAUUGAUGUCGCAACGUCAUAUGAUAACCUGGGUCUUGUACACCGUCGGCUGGGUGACCUAAAGCAGGCAAAAGAUUAUCACAAGCGUCUUGCAAGAGUGGACAUUGUGUAUGACUGCAGUAAGGCCUUGCAAUACAUGAUGAUGGGUUUGUGA